AUGUAUAUAAGUAUAUAUGUAUAUAAUAAUAAUAAUAAUAAUAAUAAUAAUAAUAAUAAUAAUAAUAAUAAUAAUAAUAAUAAUAAUAAUAAUAAUAAUAAUAAUAAUAAUAAUAAUAAUAAUAAUAAUAAUAAUAAUAAUAAUAAUAAUAAUAAUAAUAAUAAUAAUAAUAAUAUUUGGGUUGUUGUUGAAAAAAAAAAAAAAAAAAAAAAAAAAAAAAAAAAAUUUGUUUCCGAUCAUUUUGUUUUCAUACAAACACUUUUUUUUUUUUUAUUUUAUUUUAAAUGUUAA